AUGCAAGAGCAAAGCACUUCUCGAACUAACAAAACCACGCUUAAUUCAUUAGAAAGCGCCAUCAUCAAACUUAAAAAUAACCUCCAGAUACAAGACAAUAAAACGGAUAUGAGUGGCUUAUUAAGCAUCGAGACAUCUUCCGAGGAUACCAAAAACAAUUCAAGUAAGAUUUCUAGUUCAACAUCUACUACAAAUAUAAAUUUGUCGAUUGCAUCUGCCGCAUUAUUACAAGAGAAUAUGCUGCAACGAUCGUUACAAGGUGUAGUAAUUUCACUUCAAAAUGCCAUGAUGAAUUCGUUACAACAAGCAGCACUCUUGCCUUCGAAUUCUGCUGCAGCUGCAGCUUUAAACUUACAAGCUUUAGAAUCUUAUUUAACUUUACAACGUCUCACUACGGUGUCAUCUGUAAAUAGUUCGACACAACCAAAUACAUCUGACAACAAUACCUCCGCAAAACAAGAUAUAUUAAGGCUCGCGACGGCAAGUGCUAAGAUAACUGAAACAGACGUUUCGGAGAAUGUUACGAGAAUUAUGUCACCAAAAACUCCUGAAGAAUAUCCCUUACCUGAUGAUAUAGCUGCUGAAGACGUUGACUUAUCAGAAGAAGUAGAGGAAGACUUAGCAUUACUUGACAAUGAAGAUGAUUUCACACUGGAGCAACAUUUAGAGUCUACAUCAAAAGGAUAUAACUAUAGCACAUCACAAAAUUUAGAUAAUGGAUACCCAAGUCUUCUCAUGAAUGCAAUGUAUCAACAACAAAUGAAUGGAAGUCCAUCUCAGCCCCCACUAUCACCACAGCCAUCGAAUUCUUCAAGUUCAAAAUCAACAAACAGUUCAACAUCUUCCACGGGUAGUAGUAUAUCGAAUAAACAAAAGACAACAGGCAGCGGACCGAGAACUAAGAAACAGUUUAUUUGCAAAUUUUGUAAUCGACAAUUCACGAAAUCUUAUAACCUUUUAAUCCAUGAAAGAACCCACACCGACGAGCGACCUUACUCAUGUGACAUCUGUGGAAAGGCUUUCCGACGGCAAGAUCAUCUCAGAGACCACAGAUACAUACAUUCAAAAGAAAAACCAUUCAAAUGUCUUGAGUGUGGCAAAGGAUUUUGUCAGUCCCGCACAUUAGCAGUACACAAAAUCCUACACAUGGAAGAGUCCCCCCAUAAGUGUCCAGUAUGCAGUAGAAGUUUCAAUCAAAGAUCAAAUCUAAAAACCCAUCUUCUCACCCAUACAGACAUUAAACCUUACAAUUGCACAUCUUGUGGUAAAGUUUUUAGACGUAAUUGUGAUCUUCGACGUCACAGUCUAACUCAUAAUCUAGUUAGCAUAUCUUCUGUCAAUACAUCCCCUAGUGGCGCUGGUAAGAGCUCUUUAGUAAAUCCGAAUUUCCCUAUCGAUAACUUAGAUACUGAAGAAGAGAAU